UCAACCCCCUACAAGCCUUCCCCCCUCUCCUACGGCUCUCCAAGAGCUUCACCCUUCCGCCGUCCUGAAUCCCCUGCCUCACCUUCUCCCCUCCGACAGUCAACACCAAACCCCUCACCCACCAAGAUGGCCGCUUCAACCACUCCCUCGCGUCUAGCCCAGCAACAGCAAAUAUCUACACCCCCAGAACCAGAACAAUGGACACCGCGAGGACUGGUAGCAUCAGCAGGCAGGCGAGAUCGAGAUUUAAGUCCGACGCCUGCUAGCAAAAACAGUCCAGGUUUCGGCGGCAUGCUCACGAACCGCGCGGCGGCGAAUGAUGGGAAUGCGCUUGCAAAAUUGCAGCCAGCGCAAGUGAGGGAGUUGAGAGAGGGAUUUCAGAUUCUGGAUCGCGAUAGUGAUGGGCAGGUGGGACGAGAGGAUGUUGCUGAUAUGUUGACGCAAUUGGGGCUUUCAGCAAACUCGUCAGACAUAACAAAUUUCUUUCCCCCUUCAACACCACAGACUGUUACGCUGCCUGCGUAUCUCAAUUCCCUAGCUAGUCUCCUUGCCGCCCUGUCGCCUUCCUCGGAACUCCUUUCUGCUUUCUCGGCGUUCGAUGAGGAUGAUAGUGGACAAAUUGAUUUAGCUGAACUUCGUGAUGGAUUAUUACAUACAGCGCCGGAACCGGGAGAGAAGCCUUUGACUGAGAGGGAGAUUGAUAGGGUCAUGAGUGGAUUUACUGGCAGGAGAGCAUUUGGGAAACAUAGUGGUAAUGGCAUGGGGAAACGGGGUGAGGUUUUCAAGUAUCAGGAGUUUGUGUCUAGUGUUCAGGGUGGCGCAAGUGUUGAUGGAAAGGAGAAGGGUAGUGAGGAGUGA